GCAUUGUUGUUUCAGAGCAUGAGCCUGCACUGCCGUCAGUGUGCGUUAGUCACCAGCUCUAGUCACGUGUUGGGGACUCACGCCGGAGACGAGAUCGACCGUACAGAGUGCGUCAUCCGCAUGAACGACGCUCCAACCUCCGGCUACGAAUCAGACGUGGGGAACCGGACCAGCGUGCGCGUCGUGGCUCAUUCCAGUGUAUUCCGUGUGGUUCGCAAACCCGCCGAGUUCCUCAAUCGCUCAGAGAGCCCUGCCAUCAUAUUCUGGGGCCCGUCGACGAAGAUCGGCCGCGACGCGAAGGGAACGCUGUACCGGCUGAUCCAGAGAGUCAGUAUGACCUACAGUAACCUGUCCUUCUUCUUCAUCUCACCUGGCAAAAUGCAGAGGUUCGACACGCUCUUUCAGAAAGAGACCGGCCGAGACAGAAAAAAGUCUCAGUCCUGGUUAAGCACCGGCUGGUUUACCAUGGUCAUUGCCAUAGAGAUGUGUGACAACAUAAAGGUUUAUGGGAUGGUGCCGCCAAACCAUUGUGGGAAGCGUCCUCAGCCCAAACGGAUGCCCUAUCACUAUUACAAACCCAGAGGUCCAGACGAGUGUGUGACGUACCUCCAGAACGAGAGGGGGCGCCGCGGAUCACACCACCGCUUCAUCACUGAGAAACAGGUGUUUGCGCGCUGGGCCAAGCAGUACAACAUCAGCUACAGCCACCCGACGUGGUGAGAAACACAUCCAACAUGCCUGUGACUGAGCCAAAAUGGAGGCCAUGCAGGGAUCCAGGAACAAGCCAAGGGUGGACUAGCUUAGUUUUCCUUAGAAAAAUGAACAGAUGAUGGAACGUUUCUUGUCUCAAGCGUGACGGUUUCAAAAACAUCUUACAUACUACUGCCGUGAAGCUUUCCUAAGCCUUCUCUUACACAGUUUUUCACCCAGAAUCGGUCAUUUCUCAGAGAACGAAGGCCUUUUGGAUGGAGAAUGAAAGAGAAAUCCUUUAUGUCAGUUGCAAAAUAGAAGAUUCAUUCACAUCUCGUGGUACAAUCAACACGUCUGAAUGUUAGUCAUGUGAAACUACCAGAGAAUAGGAAUGAGAAUUUAACUACUUUACAAGAUUAAGAGUAUAUUCUGUGGUGUAAAUAAGAACUAUGUAAAUUGUUAUUCCAAAAAAAAAAUAUUUUUACAAGUUUAUAUGGUUUUAAAAUGCCCUAAACAAGACAAUAUUACAAGAAAAUACUAAAAAAUGGUCAUUUUAAAUCACAUCCUUUUCAGAUAAAUAACACAUUUUCUGUACUUUUUGGGAAGGUGUUGAAAUGGACAGCUAUUUAUGCCUUUAUACCUUUAUGAAUGAAGUUAUAUGAAACCUGACCAAAUGUCAGUCAAAGUUCUAGAACAUUCUAUAAUUCCAUUUAAUAUGGCUCUAGAGGCUUCACUGAAUCAUCCACUACAAGACACGUCCGGGUCAUUUUGCGCCACAAAAUUAGAAGAGAAAU